AAGAAGAAAAGGGAUUAAGUUAGCCGGUCGUCGCUGGGCUAAGAGAAGAGCCGCCGCGAAAACUCUAUUUUGUCGCUAUUUACUUUAUUCUCCUAUCAGCACACGUCUGUCGUCGUAUAGACAGACACUAAAAAAAAAAAAAACGCUUCCUGUUGAGAUUCGCCAAAGUGGACUUUGUAGUUGUUAGCUUAGCUUAGCAACACGUCGCUAAGCCGAGCGUUUAACGUCAUCGUGCCCCCCCCCCCCAAAAAAAACAAAAAUGUGUAAAGUGAAGAUGCUGAGGACGUUGGUGAAGCAGCGCCUGAACGUGGCCGUCGAGGAGGUCAUUGAACUGUUUGAGAGGACGAUCGCGGAGUACGAGAAGCAACUUUGUCGAAGCAAAGACGAGAACGAGCCACGACGACGGGACGAUGUUUCCAAUCUUCGUCUUCUGUCGUCCAAAGCAGAUAUGCAGCAGGUGCUGGUGGAGGGUCAAGCAGAAAAGGUUGCCUCUGAGAAGCAGGAGGAGCCAGUAAAGUCCCCCCACAUUAAAGAGGAAGAGGAGGACGUGUGGAGCCGUCAGGAUGGGCAGCAGCUUCAAGGGCUGGAGGAGGCUGACGUCACCAAGUUCACAUGGACUGGCGUGUAUGUGAAGAGCGAAGAUGACCAAGGUCAGUCCUCACAGCUCCGUCACAGUCAAAGCGAGGAGAAGUCGAGUCAACGUGAGACGACAGAGGGUGCCGGAGAACACUGUGAAGGAUCAGAAUCGGGCAACAUCGCGCCACUCUCAGAUAUGGAUGACAUGAUGUCACACUCGUCUGACACCGAUCACAGCGACGACACCAAAGAAGCAUUGAGGACGAAGAAGAAGUCUAAAGGGGCGCGUCACGCUGACAACAAACACUUUGACUGCCCGGAAUGUGGGAAAACGUUUACCAAUAAGAGCGUUUUGAAAAAUCACAUGGUAACGCACACCGGAGAGAAACCUUUUGUGUGUGCGGUUUGCGAUAAACGAUUCUCCUUGAAGCAUCACAUGAAGAGACACAUGAGAGUGCACGCGGGGGAGAAAGCUUUUUUCCCCUGCUCAAUUUGCGACAAAAGAUUCCGAGAUGAGGCCGCCAUGCAAGAGCACAUGAGAACACACACUGGGGAGAAACACUUGUCACCCAGCAGCUCAAGUCAACACGUAGCAGAAGCAGAUGGAGAACAAGCAGACGACGCGCCACUGUCAGAUGUUGACUACGUGAUGUCACAAUCUUCCGACACCGAGAACAGUGACGACGGCAAAGAGCUUUUGAAAACAAGAAAGAAGUCCGGGGUUGAUGCGACGUAUCACUCUGAAACCAAACUGUACAUUUGCACCGGAUGUGGCAAAACUUUUACCAACAAAAGUGUUCUCAGAAAUCACAUGGUAACGCACACAGGAGAGAAACCUUUCACUUGCUCAGUGUGUGAUAAAAGAUUCUCCUUCAAGCAGAAUAUGAGGAGACACAUGGCGAUACACACGGGGGAGAAACCCCAUUCCUGUCCCUUUUGCGAUAAAAGAUUCUACGAUAAGUUUGAAAUGAAGAGACACAUGCUCACGCACACGGCCGAGAAGCCUUUUGCGUGUUCAGAGUGCGCUAAAAGUUUCUCUCGUAGGUCGCAUUUCCGAAUGCACAUGAAAAAGCACACGGCGGAGAAACCGUCGACCUCCAGCAGCUCCAGUCAACACGUGCGAACAGAAGCCGACGCGGACCAAUGUGAGGAUCUCGCACAACCAGACAACUUGGCUCCGCUGUCGGAUAUGGACGACGUGAUGUCGCAGUCUUCUGACAUUGACCACAGCGAUGAGCCCAAAGAACCUUCUGAGACAAAUAAGAACUCCGAAGUCGAUAUGACGCAUCCCAACGACAACAAACAAUUUCACUGUUCCGUAUGUGAGAAAACAUUUGCGAACAAAGGAAGUUUGAAAACGCACAUGUUAACGCACACCGGAGAGAAACCUUUCGCUUGCCCGGUUUGCGACAAACGAUUCUCCAUAAAGCAGAAUAUGAAGAGACACAUGGCGAUACACACGGGGGAGAAACCUUACUCCUGCCCCGUGUGCGAGAAAAGAUUCUACGUGGAGUUUGAAAUGAAACGACACAAGAGGAUACACACAGCCGAGAAACCUUUUACGUGUUCGCUUUGCGCUAAAAGUUUCUCUUGUAGCAAUUAUCUGACGCUGCACAUGAGCACGCACACGUCGGAGAAACCUUUCGCGUGUCCCGUUUGCGCUAAAAACUUUUCGCACAGAUCGUAUCUCAGACAACACAUGAAAAUACACGCUGCGGAGAAACCUUUCACGUGUUCCGUUUGCUCGAAAGGAUUCUCCAGCCGAGCGUAUCUCAGAAUACACAUGAGCGCGCACACUGGGGAGAAACUUUUUGCGUGUUCAGUUUGCGAUAAAGGUUUUUCCCGCAAAUCGCAAUUCAGAAAGCACAUGAGAAUACACACGGGGGAGAAGUUUGCUUGCUCGGUUUGCACGAGCAGUUUCACGAGUAUAGAACUUCUCAUAGCGCACAUGAGAACGCACAUGGAGGAGAAUCCUUUGGCGUCCAGCAGCUCGAGUCAACUGAUGACAACAGAAGCUGAUGGAGAACAAGCAGACAACUUCGCUCCCUUGUCAGAUAUGGACGACAUGAUGUCACACGCGUCUGACAGUGACGACGACGACGAACAUUUGGAGACUAAUAAGAACUAGGGCGAAAUAGUGUGUAAAGUAGAGGUACAACAAUAAACCGACAACUAAUCGAUUAUGGAAUUAUUAUUAUUACUAUUUUGAUAAACGAUUACUCGUUUAGAAACUCUUGUUAACUUAAAAUUGUCCAAAUCUUCAGAAUUUCAGCCUCAACAGUAAAUAUUAGACCAUUUCUGUAGUCGUUCAUGAAAGCAGAGUAUUUGUGUUUAUUCAAAAUAAGACAUUUGGAAACAUCUGCUUUUAUUUUGGAAAACGAUCAACAUUUUGGACAAUUUUCUGAUAUGUUACACAUAAAAAGUUUGUGCAUUUUCGGCACCGUGUUUGAAAUAAUGUUCUGAUUUUGAAUAAAGAGAAAUUCAAACAUGCUUUUAAAUUUGAUUCAUAAAAAAACAAAUCAACAGAUUAGUCAAUUAAAGUAAUUGUUAGUUGCAGCCCCAGUGUAAAGCGCAACGCAAUCCUUGAUCCUUGGGAUAUUUUGAAGAAAAAUAUAGACACCCUGUGAAGUGAUUUUGGAGAUUUGUGUCUAAAUACAUUAACGUUGGAAGAGAUAUUUGCUGAUAUGUUACUGAAAACAUGCAAAGACUGAAAACGUAGUAAUUAUGAAUUGUGGAGGCGUAGCGUUCAGUUUUUCACCACUUCAAUUUUCCUGAUUUCUUUUUUUUUGGGGUGCGGGUGGCUAAAACUGCAUUCGGCAUCAGUGACCCCUCCCCAACUAUGACAUCGGUGGUUGUCCGACACAAUUGCGAGUUAAUUAUUAUUACGAGGCCUAUUUCUACCACUACAAUGUGCAGCUGGCUAGCUAGCUAUGCCUGUCCCCUAAAAAAAGGUAGCUUCCCUGGAUGUCAACAAUUUACGGAACAGCUUGGUGGUGUUCUUUUAAAUUACCGAGCGAGGAGGCACCGUGGACAGGCCUGUCUGCUGGUGCAGCGCAGCCCCAGAAGCCUGUUCGCUCUCAAGCUAGCUAGCUGGUGGCUAGCGAUCUUGCACGAUGACCCAGUGGGAUCCAUAUAUGCAAGCCACCAAAAUGAAAUGAAUUUUUUGUUUUUUUUAAAGCACUGUCCCAUUUAAUGGAAAUUGUAAAUAUGUAUUCAUUGUCGAAAACAAAAUUAAAAAAAUACUUACAACUGAAAUUCUUAGCCUGAUCUUUUUCAUUUCCUGUUGGGAUUGUGUACAAAGGACUGCAGUUCUGGAUAGUGUUGACACUGGAUUUCCUGAAAUCUUAUGAUCAUUUCUUUGGGUUGUAACACAUUUAGGUUGAGGAUAGCUUCCCCCUUCUGUACUGACUUCUGGUUGCAUAAUAACAGGUGGGCAUCACCAGGUAUAUAGUAUGAACAUAUCUAUAUAUUUUUUUAAAUGAUCUGUUAUGCAUACUACAUUCUCCAAUUUGUGCGCAAGUAUUUAUUUUUAUGCUUCGGGCUUGUGCACAUUCCAGCAAUGCGCAUUCUCCUGUCCAGACGUCUGACGAACCUACCGCGUGUAACACAGAAAUGUG